AUUAAUUUUUCUUCAAUUGUGAUGACAAGAAUGUCUUACGUAAAUGAAGAACCAAUGAACUUAUCAACUGAAUCAACAAGUCAAGCUAAUAAUCAAGAAAAUACGGCAGAGGAAACCUCAUCUUCUCAAAAAGUACCUGAUAAUACUAGUGCAAAUGUGCAAUUGUCACCAAAAUUUUUGAAGUUGGCUAGAGGCAAAAGCAUCUAUUAUCACCGCCACAUACAAAACAAACAGAUAGAAAUCUGGAACCAAAGAGUCAGCGAAUUGAUCGCUGUUUUCAAAGAGGACAAUGAGAUUCUUAAAAAUCUAUCAAACAAGCUUGCUAAUUGA